UCCACCUACCUCUUGGCUCGUCCACAUAUCCUUUUGCGUCUUUCGCUCUCUCUGCUUCUUAUUCUCGCUGCGCGGGCUGUCUGCACUGCUGUUAGUUCUCGCCUUGUGCUUCGACCCACCCACCAAAACGGUCCAACACCUCGCCCCGUCUCUCAUGCGCCAGUGUACACACUGCCAGCCUCGACACGCUCGGCCCUAUCCUGAGUCUCGGGAUCCUGGCCCUCUGUUAGGCGACGUUUACAGCAUCCGGGAAUCAAUGCACGCGCCUUUGAUCCUCCUUCUUGGCUUGUGCAAUAUUCCCUCGAUGACUCGGUAUUUCACGGACUUGUUGGUGUCCAGAGGCAAAAUCCGGCCCUGUGCUAUCAUAGACUUGUACAAGGAGAACGGCAACACUAUGGUAACCGUUUGUGCAAUGGGGACCUUUGGAGGCGCCGAUAUCGACUCUUUACCUUUCGUGUUCCGACACUUUUUGGUUCCGAUCUAUCCGAACGGCGGCUCCGGGGACGCUCUGCACAUACACACAAUUCCUGAAUGGAAAGCGGGAAGACCUGGAUGGCUUCUGGCUGUCAAACUCAAUACGGAUCGCACGUUGCGAAGGCGGUGGCCAUCAGCCACUGGUCCAUCACCGAGCUUCAGCAGCGCCACUGUAAAACACAUACGCGACCUCUGUCACUGGAAGAUGAAACAGUGGAAGGACAUGUGUCAUGCCGAUCCUUCUUUCCUAGAUGAGCAGCGAAGAGAAUACAUGGUAAGCCUCAAUCUCAACCAACGAACCAUGAACCGCUGCCAACGCCCACGCCCUCCUGCAGGAUCACGUCACGAUGCCAAGAUCAUGGCCCUCAGUUACGCAUCGGUCGCGUUCGCUGCAACGCUCGCACUCUGCAACCAUUGUGCCGUCUGUAUGCUCACAUCCUCGGGAAUCCUCUCUUCGGCGCGCUUCUAGCCUCAAUAAUCCACAUGAUGAGUUGCCUCGGGCUCCUCUGGGCGAUCAAUCAUACACAAGCCCUCGAAGC